CGCUCGCCAAGGGACUGGGCAUUGCAAUUGAAGGAUACAAAUUUUUCGGCUAGGAUCAGCGUGCCGGUGGGCUUUGUAGUAACGCUUUCCAUCGGCGCACAGCUCCGCCUCUUGCCGCAACUUGGGUGUCAUGUCGCUCGCGCCGUCCGGGCUUCGCCUACCAUGACCCCGCCAAGCGCACCUCGAUUUGUUGAUAUUGGGAGCAAUCUGCUCGAUGGCAUGUUCUCGGGCCACUACAAUGGGAAACAAGCCCACGAGGCAGAUCUGCGGCACGUCCUCACGAGAGCUCGUGCCGCAGGUGUGGAGGCGCAAAUGGUCACCAGCGGGUCUCUGAAAGAAUCAAAGGAGGCGAUCGCCAUGUCAGACUCCGAAGAAGAUCUGUUCUGCACCGUCGGUUGUCACCCGACUCGGGUGUCUGAGAUCGAAGCGUUUACGGAAGGCUCGGAGAAGUACAUCCAAGGGUUAAAAGAACUCAUCGACCAGCACCGCUAUGAACGUUCGGCCGAGUCAUCAAAAAGGAAAGGUACCGUAGUUGCCAUAGGAGAGUGCGGGCUGGACUACGAUCGACUUCACUUUGCUCCGGCAGACCUUCAACGAAAGUACUUUGAUCGGCAGCUUAAGCUGGCUGAGGACUGUCGGCUUCCACUCUUUCUACAUUCGCGCAACGCCCACGAUGAUCUCGUGUCCAUCCUGCGACCGCGCAUGCAAGCGCUAAAGCACGCUAUCGGCGGCGGCCGAGUUGGGGUUGUGCAUUCUUUCGAUGGCAGCCUGAAGGAAAUGGAAGAGCUGGUAGAAAUGGGUCUAUACAUAGGACUAAAUGGCUGCAGCCUAAAGACGGAAAGUAACCUUGCUGUUGCAGCGCAAGUCCCAUUGGAGCGACUGAUGCUGGAAACGGAUGCACCGUGGUGCGAGCCACGCCCAUCUCACGCAUCUCAGGUACACCUGGACGCCUUCAAGAAAACUGCGGGUGCAAGAGCAGAUGCGUACUUUCCGGCACAGGUCAAGAAGGAACGAUGGAGCGCGGAAAGCCCGACGGCAGUUAAAGGGCGAAACGAACCGUGCGCCAUCGGCGGUAUCGCUGCUGUCGUUGCGGCCGUGCAGGGCAAGUCGUGGGAAGAGGUUGCCCACCAUGCCCGCGAAAAUACACGCAGAGUCUUCGGAAUAUAGACUCAGCUUGGCCGUUGCCUGACCCAGCAGGUUGCGCU